AUGAACAACAAGCGCGCGCCCCUCGAUCUCGAAGAGAUUAUCCGUAAGAAGAAAGCCGCCGACGCGGCCUCAUCGAAACUCCGGUUCAUUCCGAAAAAAGAACGGGAGAGGCAAGCGGCGGAAAAAGCCAAGGCCGAAGAGGAGGAGCGCAAGAGGAAGGCGGAGGAAGAAACAAAAAGAAAGCUGGAGCUAGAGAAGAAGUGGGCGGCGGAGGCUAACGGCUCUACUAAUGGAACUUCCAACAGCUACAUGAACAAUGCUGGUGGAGGAGGACGGGUACCAACAGGGCCGAAGGCCAUGAAUCAAGGCGGCGACGAUGGACGACACGGAAGACAAGGCCGCGGACGAGAUAAACCGGAGACAAAAAAAACAGCUGCGAAAGAUGGAAAGGAGAAGAAGUCUGCUGAAGCGAUCGAGGCAGAGCUGCUGAGAAACAGAUACCUUGGGCCUGAGGUCAAUAAGGAGUCUAACUUUUCAGUCAAGAAGAAGCGCAAGAGAGCGACCGAGUUCAAGUUCGAGUGGGACGCUGAGGAAGAUACAACACUUGACAAUGAUCCCAUAUACGAAUCGCGUAUGGCACUCAAAUCCUAUACAUACGGCAGUUUGGCAGGAGAAUUCAACGAGGAAGCGGAGGAAAUCGCACGCAGACGAGCCCGAAUGAUUGAGGAAAGAGAUCCGGAAUUUGGGAGACAACGUGCACAACAAUAUAUGGAGGAUUUCUACAAGGCUCGGGACCGAGCGAAGGAACGCGCAGACCGCACAGGUCUUGGCAAGCACUGGUCUAAGAAGACGUUGGAUGAGAUGCGUGAAAGAGAUUGGAGAAUCUUCAAGGAGGAUUUUGGCAUCGCAACGAAAGGCGGCCUCAUUCCCAAUCCCAUGCGCAGCUGGCAAGAGUCAGGUUUGCCCCCACGAUUGCUCGAUAUUGUCGACCGAGUCGGGUACACAGAACCUACUCCCAUUCAAAGGGCAGCAAUUCCUAUUGCGCUUCAAGCGAGAGAUCUUAUUGGUGUAGCCGUCACUGGUUCCGGUAAAACUGCCGCAUUCCUUCUGCCACUGUUGGUCUAUAUUUCAGAUCUGCCGCCACUAGGAGAAAUCAACCGGAACGACGGUCCUUAUGGGCUCAUUCUGGCGCCGACACGUGAACUGGUCCAACAAAUCGAGACUGAAGCCAAGAAGUUCGCCGAACCGUUGGGCUUCAGAGUAGUUAGCAUUGUUGGUGGCCACUCUCUGGAAGAACAAGCAUUCGCCUUGCGCAAUGGUGCCGAGAUCAUCGUCGCGACUCCCGGUCGCCUGGUGGAUUGCAUUGAACGGCGCCUUCUUGUCCUGUCCCAGUGCUGUUACAUCAUUAUGGAUGAAGCAGACCGGAUGAUUGAUCUGGGUUUUGAGGAGUCGGUGAACAAGAUUCUCGACGCCCUUCCAGUAACAAACGAAAAGCCGGACACAGAGGAAGCAGAAAAUGCGGCACUGAUGAAGAGGUAUCUCGGCGGCAAGGACCGGUACAGACAGACCAUGAUGUACACCGCCACAAUGCCACCGCUUGUCGAGAAGAUUGCGAGAAAGUACCUUCGGCGCCCUGCCAUUGUUACGAUCGGCAAUGCUGGCGAAGCCGUCGAUACCGUCGAGCAGAGAGUUGAGUUUGUUUCAGGAGAGGACAAGCGGAAAAAGCGUCUGCAGGAAAUUCUUGCUUCCGGAGACUUCGCUCCACCUAUCAUCGUAUUCGUCAAUAUCAAGCGCAAUUGCGACGCUGUCGCGCGAGAUGUCAAGCACAUGGGUUAUUCUGCGGUCACUCUUCACGGAAGCAAGACCCAAGAGCAGAGAGAGGCUGCUCUGGCAUCAGUGCGAAACGGCCAGACAGAUGUCCUCGUCGCCACAGACUUGGCCGGAAGAGGUAUUGACGUGCCGGAUGUCAGUCUUGUUAUCAAUUUCAAUAUGGCAACAAGCAUCGAAAGUUACACGCAUCGUAUUGGUCGUACCGGUCGUGCGGGCAAGAGUGGUAUUGCUAUCACGUUCCUGGGCAACGAAGACGCCGACUUGUUCUACGACCUCAAGCAAAUGCUCUCCAAGAGCUCGAUUUCGAGGGUACCCGAGGAGCUCCGACGGCAUGAAGCCGCGCAGCAGAAGCCCACCAGAGGCCACAAGAGGGCAGGUGGUGGAGAGGAGUCGUCAGGGAAGGGGGGGCAGUGGGGCGCCUAA